AUGCGUAGUUUGAAGAUGGUGGACGGAUGUAAAAGCACACAAGUUUGUACCUUUAAUCCCUCCGGGACCGCCGCCACCACCACCACCACCACCACCGGAAGUGGUGGUGGUGGUGGUGUGGGAGAGAAGUUGCUACAACACCUCCAAGAUCAUCUAAGGGUCAAUUCGAUAAGGUCAAAGUCUAAUCGAAAUUACCAAAACUUCCAACCAGCCAAUAAUGUUAAUAGCGGUGUUGUAGCNAUUAAUCCCUCCGGGACCGCCGCCACCACCACCACCACCGGAAGUGGUGGUGGUGGUGGUGUGGGAGAGAAGUUGCUACAACACCUCCAAGAUCAUCUAAGGGUCAAUUCGAUAAGGUCAAAGUCUAAUCGAAAUUACCAAAACUUCCAACCAGCCAAUAAUGUUAAUAGCGGUGUUGUAGCUGAAGCCCUUGCAAUUUAUGGCCUCCCGCAAGCUGAACUUAUUGAGCCACAGAUUGAACCUUUUCUUAAACCCGUCAAUUUUGUUGAAACCUUAGCUGAUGUCUAUCGUAGAAUUGAUAAAUGUCCCCAAUUCGAGAAAUCUGGGAUGUAUCUUGAGCAAUGUGCAAUGUUCAAGGGGUUAACGGACCCCAAAUUGUUCCGACAGAGCCUCAGGGCAGCUAGGCAGUAUGCUGUUGAUGUCCAUACUAAAGUUGUGCUGUCAACAUGGUUACGGUUUGAGAGGAGAGAGGAUGAGCUCAUAGGGACAUCUGCAAUGGAUUGUUGCGGAAGAAAUAUGGAAUGCCCCAGGACUGCUUUGGUAAAUGGGCAUAAUCCGGAGUCAAUCUAUGAUCCUUGUAUGUGCCCUCGAAGUCCAAGGGAGGAUGGGAUUGCUGAGUUUUAUACGGGGGACCAGGAAUGCUCAACUUCAUGGAGUCAUGGUGAUGAUGAGGACGAUUAUGAUAUGUCUUUCUAUAUUGGUGAUGAUGAGGUCAGGUGUAAUAGAUAUAGCAUUGCCUCACUUUCAAGACCAUUCCAAGCAAUGCUGUAUGGUAGCUUCAUGGAGUCACGAAGAGAGAAGAUUAAUUUUUCGCAAAAUGGAAUUACAGUAAAGGGAAUGAGAGCUGCUGAGAUAUAUAGCAGGACAAGAAGUGUAGAGUCUUUUGAUCUAGAUGUUGUCUUGGAGCUCCUUUCAUUGGCAAAUAAGUACUGCUGUGAGGAGAUGAAAUCUGCUUGUGAUGCAUGUUUAGCAUCUUUGGUUACUGACAUGGAAAGAGCUAUGUUACUUAUUGAACAUGGAUUGGAGGAGACCGCCCAUCUUCUUGUGGCAGCUUGUUUGCUUGUAUUUUUGAGAGAGCUCCCGAGUUCGAUGCACAAUCCGAAUGUGAUGAGAUUCUUUUGUGGUUCAGAGGCUAGGGAUAAACUGGCUCUGGCAGGGCAUGCUUCUUUUCUAUUAUACUACCUUUUGAGCCAGGUUGCAAUGGAGGAUGACAUGAAAUCAAACACAACGGUGAUGCUCUUGGAGAGGUUGGGAGAGUGUGCCACUGACGGUUGGCAGAAACAACUUGCAUUCCACCAGUUGGGUUGUGUGAUGCUUGAAAGGGAAGAGUAUAAGGAUGCUCAGAAAUGGUUUGAGGCAGCUGUGGAGGCAGGUCACGUAUAUUCCUUGGUUGGUGUUGCAAGGACCAACUAUAAGCGCGGUCAUAAGUACAAAGCAUACAAGUUGAUGAACUCGCUCGUUUCUGAUUAUACACCAUAUGGGUGGAUGUAUCAGGAGCGAUCUUUAUAUUGUAAUGGUAAAGAGAAGAUGAUGGAUUUGGAUACAACAACUGAAUUGGACCCAACACUUUCUUAUCCAUACAAGUACAGGGCUGUCUCAAUGUUGGAGGAGGAUAAAAUCGGAGCUGCCAUUUCGGAGAUCAAUAAGAUUAUUGGUUUCAAGGUCUCUCCUGACUGCCUUGAGCUACGUGCUUGGUUUUUAAUUUCGCUGGAGGAAUACGAAGGAGCUCUACGAGAUGUCCGGGCCCUUUUGACUUUGGAUCGCAAUUACAUGAUGUUCAAUGGCAAGUUGCACGGCAACCACUUGGUAGAGAUCCUCCGCCAUCAUGUUCAGCAGUGGAGUCAAGCAGACUGCUGGAUGCAGCUCUAUGAUCGAUGGUCCUCCGUUGAUGAUAUUGGUUCCCUAGCUGUUGUACAUCAUAUGUUGGCAAAUGACCCUGGGAAGAGCCUGGUCUGCUUUCGGCAAUCUCUCCUCCUUUUACGGUUAAACUGCCAAAAAGCUGCAAUGCGGAGUCUGAGGAUGGCUCGAAAUCAUUCCACCUCUGAGCAAGAAAGGCUUGUCUAUGAAGGAUGGGUCUUAUAUGACACAGGACAUCGUGAAGAAGCAUUAGCCAAGGCUGAGGAGUCCAUCUCUAUCCAGAGAUCAUUUGAAGCCUUUUUCCUAAAAGCUUAUGUUUUAGCUGAAACAAAUUCUGAUCAUGAGUCUUCAUUGUAUGUUAUACAACUUCUCGAGGAAGCUCUUAGAUGCCCCUCAGAUGGCCUUCGAAAAGGACAAGCAUUAAGUAAUCUGGGGAGUGUCUAUGUGGAAUGUGAGAAGCUAGAUCUUGCUGCGGAUUGCUAUAUGAAUGCCCUCAACAUCAAGCAUACACGAGCACAUCAAGGUCAGGCACGUGUGUACCAUCUCAAAAACCAGCGCAGAGCUGCAUACGAUGAGAUGACAAAGUUGAUUGAGAAGGCCCGGGACAAUGCAUCUGCUUAUGAGAAACGCUCUGAAUACUGUGACCGUGACAUGGCACAAAGUGAUCUUAGCAUGGCAACGCAGCUGGAUCCCCUGCGGACGUAUCCUUACAGAUACAGAGCAGCAAUUCUAAUGGAUGACCACAAGGAAGCCGAAGCCAUAGCAGAGCUCACCAAGGCUGUUGGCUUCAAGCCGGACCUACAGCUGCUCCAUCUUCGAGCUGCAUUCCACGAAUCAAUGGGUGACUACACUUCAGCCAUUCGAGAUUGUGAGGCAGCCCUCUGUCUUGAUCCUACCCAUAAGGAAACGCUUGAGCUUCAUCAUAAAGCUCAGGAACAGGCCAGCAAACAACAACACAAGUAGGGAAGCCAUAGAACAGCAUUCAUUUCUCUCUGUCUCUCUCAUCAUCUUUGUAAGCAACUGGUUGUUGCCACUUAAUUGUUUUGGUAUGCAUGGCGCCAGCACUAGUCGUACAUACUUAAAAACUCCAAAUUGGGCGAAAACAGGACCAAAAUAGGAGCAAAAUAGCCUGUACAUACUUAAUUUUUGGAAUGAUAAUGAAUCAUUCAGGUGAAAUUUGUAGCAUCAUAUGCUCCAGAUGCUACUAGCUGUUAGACCACUUCUGUACAGAUUGAGAUGGUUUUUGAAACAGUUGAACGGUGUGUGUACAUGAAAUCACUCCUCGUCAUGAAGCUCGAGUUAGUGAG